AUGGCUACAUCCAAAAACCCCACGGCAAGGUCGCCCAAAUUCCUAGUAAUUGGAGCCGGGUCUCGAGGACACGCCUACGCUCAAGCUGUCACCAACGCAACCAACGGUGUCAUCCAUGCGGUAGCCGAUGUGGUUGCCUUUAAGCGCAGGGAGUUUGGGAAGCGCUAUAUCUGGGGUAGCGGUUCACCAGUGGAAGGUCAGGAGUUUGCGGACUGGAAAGAAUGGCUGCAGUGGGAGAAAUCACGGCGGGAGACCGUGUGUAGCGGGGACGGGGAGCAGGCCACGGGUGUGGAUGGGGUGUUCAUCUGCACCCUGGACGAAAUGCAUGUGGAGAUCCUGCUCGCUAUUGCGCCUCUGAACCUGCACAUGCUCUGCGAAAAGCCCCUGGCUACAUCUCUGCAGGACUGUCUAGCCAUCUCCCGCGCACUUAAGGAGAACAAAUGUCUCGAGUCUAGAAUCUUCUCCAUAGGCCAUGUCUUACGAUAUAGCCCACACAACACGAUUCUGCGCAAGUUACUGCUGGAAGAUAGGGUUGUGGGCGACGUCUUGUCUUUGGAACACACAGAGCCGCUUCGUACGGGGGUAGCUGGGCGGCCGCGAAGCCGCCAAUGGCGACGGGGAGCUUACUCACAAAAAUGUUCCCACGACAUCGACUUUAUCCUCUGGCUCCUUUGCUACCCACCCCCGGGAGCGACUUAUGAUUACCCAUACCACUCCCCACAAUCAAUCACUUCCUUGGGCUCUCUCACCCAAUUCCGCCAAUCGCGCAAACCCGUCGCCGCCGGCAACGCAACAAAUUGCCUCUCCUGUCCCGCAGAGAAAGACUGCAUCUACAGCGCCCUCAAGAUCUACAAAGACCGCUUCCUCUCCAAGGGACGUACUGGCUGGCCCAUUAAAAUUGUCUGCCCAGAUAUCGAAGAUACGUUCAAGACAUAUGGCAUGGCCGCAGCGGAGUCGUUGCUCCUGAAAACCCUCGCAGAAGACUACGACAAGGCCACGACGCCGGACACUACCGUCGCCGCACGCCCUUGGUUCGGCCGCUGUGUAUAUGAAGCCGACAACAAUGUCCUUGAGGACCAAGUUGUCACCCUUUCCUGGGUCGAUGAUCCGCUGCCCGAGACCACCGCCAGCAGUACUGGCGGCAUGGAUAUGAAUGCACGCCUGCACGGUCGUGGUGCCAAGACCGCUACCCUCCACAUGAUUUCGACGACAGAAUCGCAAUGCGAGCGGCGUGGACGCGUCUACGGCACCCUCGGCGAGUUGAGCUAUGACGGCAAAACCAUAACCAGCUACGAUUUCGGCAGCGGGGAGACCACCGUCGUUACAGUCCCUGAGGUGCCUCCUGAGGAGACGGAGGCGCAUGGUGGCGGGGAUUAUGGGCUUACGAGGGCGUUUGUGAAGGCUGUGGAAGCGGUGGACAGUUUGGGGUGGGAGGUCGGGAAGGCGCAGAGGGAGAUUAUUGGGUGUACGUUUGAUGAGGCGUUGAGGAGCCAUGCGACUGUGUUUGCGGCGGAGGAGGCGAGGAGGAAUGGGAAGGUUGUGGGGUGGAGGGAGUGGUGGGAUGCAAAACAGAGGGAGAUAGGCAUGUAG